UGACAAAAUGGAACCUACCAGCAGUGUGAGGAGACCUGAAAGUGGCACAUGGCAGAGUGUGGGCGAUGGAGACAGCAGCAAUGGGAGGCCGUACAGGGACCCAUGACACACUCUGGACCUGGCAGCAGCAUGAGGAGGCGGUACAGGGGCCCAUGACAGAUUACGGGCCUGGCAGCAGCAUGAGGAGUCGGCCAUACAGAGGCCUAUGUUAAAAAGUCCCCCCAGCAGCAGCGUGGGGAGACGACUAUCAAGAGUCCAAUGGCAGAGUGGCGGAGCGGAAGCAGCUUCAAUUGAAGGCCAUACACAGGCUUAGGUUAAAAAGUCCCCCCAGCAGCAGUGUG